CCUUCCAGUACUAACUGUUCAUACAAAAUUUGGUGCACAGAUGCUUGUCAAGGAAGAGGGGCUUGGAGAGGAAAUAAAAUAUGAGAUGCCUAAGGCUUGGGUGCAGUUCACUGGUUUACCUAAGGAACUUAGAGAGUACUCAGUAAUCUGGGCGGUUGGUUCUAUGCUAGGCAUCUCAAAAGAGGUGGAUAUGUUGUUUACUCGGAAAUUUGACAGGGCAAGGCUGAAGGUGGCCGUGCUUGACCCGAAUUUGAUUCCGCAAGUAGUUGAUGUGGUAAUUGGAGACUACUUAUAUGAACUGAAAUUCAGGGUGGAGUCAGAAGCUGAAGGUGACCAGCCUUUGCCGAUGGAUAUGGAUCAUAUCGGGGAAAAUGAUGAUGAUGAAUUUCAGGAUCAAAACAAGGAUCACAAAAUAGGUGAAAGAGGGAGUAAGGGGGCGAGCUUGAAGGGAACAUCAAAGGAUUCAGCAGGGGCAGUUAACAAGGUGUCGGAUUCUAUGCUGAACAGCAACACGACCAGUGGGAAAUCGGUGUGCGCUGGCCAUACACAGCUGGUUCUGGAACAAUCUCAGGGCACCAGUCUCUCGGUCAAUGCUAUUAGUAUUGAAAAGUUGGGCAGUAUCCCGGAGGCGUUGUCAGGAACAGCGCAAGCACUGCGUCGUAGCUCGCGCCGCUCAGAUUCGGUGAGUGAAGACUCGCUUGUUCGAGCAGUACGGCUGAAAGCGGGAUACAACCUGGACGACCAGCCGACUAAAGGUAGCCUUCAGGGCAGCAUAUUGGUGCCGCUUCUGGUCUCAGCUUCAGCCUAGAAGGGAGGACCAAGAGUUAAUAAAGUCUUCAUGUCGUAAUGUGGAGAGGGUGCUACUACAGUUCUUUAGCAAUUUUGGAUGGGGAUAUGCGUUGCGUUUAACUAUGUAGUAGCUGUGGUUCGGUAGCUGAAGUUCUUCAAUUUGGCUAGUUGGGGUUCUCUGAUGUGGUCAUAGGAGGAGUUUUGGCAAUAUGCCUGCGUCCCUUGUAAUAAAUGGCCGUAACCUCAUUUGAGGCCAAGGUCGGAUGAUUUUUCCAUUAUCUAAAAAAAUACGCCAGAGUAGGGGGUGCUGC